CAUCAUCCGUCCAUCCAUCCAUCCAUUCCCAUCCGCGUGCUGCUGCGUGCACUCAUGACGCCUCUGCCCUGCCUGCCCUCCAAUUAUUACCUUCUUUUAGCGGGCGGCUAGUUACCCUGCCAAUAUUACCAGUGCCUUCGUACCUUACCUAUCUGACGGGACCUGCCUUCCAUAUCCGCGCUGCAACGCCGCCUGGACUUCAACCCGCCCUGCACCGCACGGCGCCUCCAUCGUCAUCCCUCAUCGCACGCACUUCUGGGUCCGCUCGAGCUGAACGCCCCAGCUCUGCGCCAACCGCCGAGACGCCAUCGCAAUUCGCUCUCACACGCCAUGGCCAAGAAGGCGCGUCAACGCAUUAGCUACGGUGAGUCGCUUGCGCCGCACCCUGUCGUGCCGUUGUCGUGACGGCUGCGACUCUUCCUCGUCCUCCUCCUCCUCUUCCAUCGUCGUCUUCAUCGCCAGCCCCGCACCGACGCCGUAGGACCGGCUCCGCGCAGCCACCCGAGACAUGGCGGCCGCGACGAAGUCGUGUGUUGCAAGACCUCGCGCUAACCUUCUUGUCCAUUCAACUUGCAGUUCUCGAGAAUGCCAAAUCGUCCGCUGGCGGCCAUCGCCUAGGCGUCAACGGCCUUGCCGUCGAUGCGAGCAACGGCAUCCUGUGAGCUACAUUCCCUUGCUGGCCCCUAUGCCUCCGUGUGCCCGCCGCUGACCGUGAGACCUCCCUUCAAGCUACUCGGGUGGACGAGACGGCAUCGUCUGCGCCUGGGAUGUGAGCCUCGACACUUCUCGGCCCGCUGCCGGUGCCGCCCAGGAAAGUGCCUCCAAGACCGCGGCCCAGCCCCCAACGACCGCCUUUCGCGCCCAGUGCCAGGCGCACAUGCACUGGAUCAACGACAUCGCCCUAGCACAGAACAACACGGCGCUGGUAUCUGCCUCGUCCGACCUGUCCGUCAAGGUGUGGCGGCCGCACUCCCAAGAGGACAACACGCGUGCUCUGACCAUCGGAGAGCACGCCGACUACGUCAAGUGCGUUGCUACCCCUCCAGCCGACGUCAACGCCAAUUGGGUCGCGUCCGGCGGCCUCGAUCGCAAAAUAUGCCUGUGGGACCUCAACGGGGGCGGCAAGACACUCGAGGUCGACGUCAAGGGCGAGGAAAUCACCGAAAAGGGCUCCGUCUACGCCCUCGCCGUCGGGCGCAACCUCUUAGCCAGCGGCGGCCCGGAGAAGAUGGUUCGGCUAUAUGAUCCCAGGACAGGCUCUCGGGUCUCCAAGCUCGUCGGUCAUUUGGACAACAUUCGCUCCAUCCUCAUCGACGAAGCUGGUGACACCAUUCUGAGUGCCAGCGCCGACAAGACCAUCAAGAUGUGGAGCGUCAGGGGCGGUCGCUGCAUGUACACCUUCACCAUGCACGACGAGAGCAUCUGGUCCCUCUACUCGGACGACCCUCGCCUCGGCAUAUUCUACAGCAGCGACCGCUCUGGCCUGGUUGCCAAGACCGACGUCCGCGGGAGCCUCGAGGACAUGGACGACGGGCUCAGCCUUGCCAUCGCCCAGGAGCACUUUGGCGUGUCCAAGGUGGUUGCCGCUAACGGCUACAUCUGGACAGCGACCAACAGGUCAUCCAUCAACCGCUGGGCAGACGUGGACACGGGCGGCGACCUCAAGCUGCCAGAGGCGUUCCGACACCAGCGGGCGGCCUCUGCGGCAUCCCACCGGCCCCGUCAAUCGUCGCUCUCCAAGGUCGACGCCCCCAAGGACAAGGACAGGGAGAUACCUUCCGAGUCUGUCUUGCGACUAUCAAACACGGCCGUCUUUCCCUCGAGGCCCACACUUGACCCAGAGUCCAACACCCUCAACGACACCUUGGCUAGGAGGGGGUCAGAGGUCAUUGUCGAGCAGCCAGAUCCCGAGGUGAAGCCUAUCCAUCAGUUGCCGGAAGAGACCAUCGAGGGCCAGUUCGGUCUCCUGAAGCACAAAAUGCUCAACGAUAGGAGACGAGUUCUAACUCUGGACACCGCUGGCGAUGUCCUCCUAUGGGACUUGAUCUCCUGUACCUCCAUACAAAGCUUUGGCAAACAGCACCUCGAAGACGUGGAAAAGCUGGUCAACACCCGCGAGGCUGUCGCUCCGUGGUGCUCGGUCGACCUCAGCUCCGGAAAUCUCACAGUUGUCUUGGAGCCGUUCAACUGCUUUGAUGCCGAGAUUUAUGCCGACGAGCUCCAACUGCAGGAGCCGAUUGAGUUCAGAGAAGACCAGAGAAUCAGCCUUGGACGGUGGAUUCUUCGAUACCUUUUUGCGAAUCUAAUUGAUGAAGAAAUCAAACGAGACGAACUCUACCGCCAAAAGCUGAAUGAAGAGGUUGAGAAGAGACUAGCCGCUAGACAAGCCAACGCUCCGGCAGCCAUCGAUAUCCCCUCACCUGGUCUGCAGGGACAAGAGCAGGUCACGACACCUCGGGCGAAUGGGGCUCACCUAACCCUCCCGACACCGGGCCUUGGAAUCGGUCUCGCAACUCCCGGUCCAGCUGGAAGCCUGCCGGGGGUCCCAGAGGAGGCUGUGGUCAGCCCGUCAGAACGCCGUGUUUCGGCAGAGAAGGACGACUACUUCUCGGCCGACGCAUCUGCCAAACCGGCUACGACGGCGCCAGCAACCGAUGACGCCAAAACAUCGAUGGAUGAGAAGGGAAAGGACAAAGAGAAGGAUAAAGACAAAGCCGGCGAGGCUGCCAAAUCGCCCAGCACCCCUUUUGGAAAGAAGUUUAGAAUGUCUUUCAGCUCCAAAAAGCUUGGUCGCUCAUUGUCUCAAGCCACGCAGGAGAAGCCGGUGGUCACCGAGGACAAGGCGGAGGAGUCGGAAUCAUCUUCAAACCACGAAAAGGAGGUCGAUGACAGCUUCUUUGGCGUGAUCCAAAGGAUCCGCAAUGAGUACGACAAACAAUUGGCAGAGGUGCCGGACAAGCUCGUGGAGACGCGCGUUACGCCGAGCCUCCCUACCGAAACGCCAGUCUUGAAACUGCCCCCGGGGACCAAGGUCAUCAUUCAAGAGGAGACCUCUGGGGGUAGCGCAAAUCUGUACGAGGGCACCGUCGAGAAUGUCGGCCGAGAUGCCGACAUCAUCGAGCAGAAGGCGCCGAUGUGGCUGGGCGACGUCCUGCUCCAGAACCAGAUUCCCUUGAAAGACCCCGUCAAGAUCUCUUUCGUCCUGCACCCAAUGGGCGAUCUGCUCCCCAUCUCCCCGGCCGACGGCACCAACAGGCUCAAUGCAAACAGGAUGCUGCGGGUGAAGAAGAUCUUGGCGUAUAUUGCUGAGAGAAUCGAGGAGCUCCCGCAGGAGGAGGAGGAGGAGGAGGAUGAUGGGUUGCAGCCGGAAGAGUACCUAGAACUGUACUGCAACGACCAGCUGCUGAGCCCAGCCAUGAGUCUGGCCACCAUCAGAACCCACGUGUGGAAGGGCGGCAACGAUGUCGUCCUCUACUACAAGGCCAACGGCCGCAAGGUCGUCAAGCCUCUUAAGCAGCCCUCAGAGGCACCAGCUGCUGAGGGCGAGGGCGCGGCUCCGGCCACAGGCGCGCCCGCACCAGAGGCUGGCACUGCUGCGCCGUCGUCAUAGGCCCGGCUCUGUAUGCCUACUGGCUUGUCAUUUUCUUGUGGACGCAAUGCAUUCUGGGGGUCGAGGUGUUCGCGGGGUGUUUCUUUUCUAUUUUUAUCAUUAUCGUUCGGGUUCUCGUCCUCGUUGUUUGUACAUGAGCUGGCGGGGGUGAGCCUCCUUGCCCCGGAGCGAGCGAUGUAAUGUUCUUAACCCUCCGUCGGUCUGUCUAUGCGGUAGCGGGACCACGUGGGUCGGGAUCCCGUAUACAAGCGUCUAUAUAC